CUGUCGCUGUGCGGUGCGGGCAGUUUUGAUUCCUCCGCCUCAGCAGCUGAACUCACGCAUCAGUGUUUAUCUGAGGCCGCGGGAGCGCGAUCCGCCGGAGAGGGGACUUCUUACCGAGGCGCUGCCGUCGUCACACAGCUCCGGGUCGGCCAGAAUAUUCUCUAAUGGAUUCUCCUGAAAGCCCGAACCAGUCCCCCCAGUCUCCCGAGGAGGAGAAGGGCUUCUCCGACUCUGAGCUGCUGGGUUCUUCUGACGAAGAGGAGGACAGGGUAGUCUCAGGCAGUGAGAUCAUCAAUGAGGAGGAGAAUGGAGAGCUGCUUGACGAGGAGGAGGAGGAGGAGGAGCCAGUGGAAAGCCGACGAAGAGGUUUGGAAUUAGAGGAGUUGGACGAAGAGGAGGACGAGGUGGUGCCUGACUUCGUCUCUGACCCAGAGGAUGAGGAGCCUGGAGGGGUGGGACAGGAGGAUGAGACCAUUGUUCUGAUGGAGGGGGAUGAAGAUGGUCCACAGGGGCACCAGAUAGAUGGAGAAGAGGAGGAGGAGGAGGGAGAUGAGGAAGAGGACCGGGUCAUUGACACGCCACAGUCCCCCGACUUCGAACCGGUGAAGAGCUUCACUGAUGACGACAAUGGAGAAGAUGGGGAGGAAGGAUACAGUCACUAUAAAAAGGAUGUCUCGGCCGAGCCUAAGACACCUGAGGUAGAUGAAGAGGAGGAGGAGGAGAAGGAAGAAAUCAAGACGGAGGAGGCCAAGAGGAUGAGAGCUGAAGAAGGGGAGAGUAGAAGAGCUGUCACCGUGAAGCAGCUGAACGUGGACUCAGCUUCUGUUUCCCGGGAGCUAGACGAGCAUGAACUGGAUUACGACGAGGAGGUCCCGGAGGAGCCCAACGUCCCUGCACACGAGGAGGAGGAAGACGAGGAGGACGCAGAGGAGGAGCAGAGUGAGGACAAGGUCGUUAAGAAAAAGGAGAAGAAGCGUAUUCUCCCCCCGUCUCCUAAGAACAGUGACUCCAGGAGAUCAGACGACUUCAGGGGACCCGACCGGAUGUCCAGAGAUUCCUUCAGGGACAAGAAGAAGGACGAGGAUGAUGGAGAGAUCGAUGAAGGAGAGAUAGAUGACGAUGACCUGGAGGAGGGGGAGGUCAAAGAUCCCUCAGACAGGAAGAUCAGGCCACGUCCCGUCUGCAGGUUCUUCAUCAAAGGAAAUUGUACCUGGGGCAUGAACUGUCGCUUCAUCCACCCCGGAGUCAAUGACAAAGGCAACUAUUCCCUCAUCAGUAAACCAGACGUCUUCUCACCUAAUGGAGCGCCCCCUGGUGGACCGCACCCUCUCAUACCCAAUAACCCCUGGGCCGGACCUGCAGUGGAGGAGCUCCCUCCACCUCCUCCCCCAGUGGAGCCCCCUGUGGAGAGUGCAUGGGAGAGAGGCCUGCGGCACGCCAAAGAGGUGCUGAAGAAGGCCACCAUCCGUAAAGAGCAGGAGCCGGACUUUGAGGAGAAGCGUUUCAACGUGACCAUCGGGGAGGACGAGCGAGAAUUUGACAAGGAGAACGAUUUCUUCAGAGAACGCAGCUACCGCAUCAUCAGAGAUGAAAUGGAGUUCAGAGAUCCUGUUUAUGGGGACCAGUACAACGAUCCAUACUACGACUAUGAGAUGGAGGCGCUGUGGCGAGGUGGCCAGUAUGAAAACUUCAGAGUGCAGUACACAGAGGCUCCACUUCCGUACCACUACAACGAGCGAGAGCGUGAACGCGACCCUCAGGAUCGGCCCCGGGACCGAGAGAGGGAGAGAGAUCACCGCGAGCGGGAGCGCCGGCAGCGAGAGAGGGAGCGGGAGAGGGAGCGCGAGAGAGAGAAGGAGCGGAUGCGGCGGAAAGAAGAGUGGGAGAAGGACCGGAUGAAACGUGACGAGAAGGAGAGGCCGAGGAUGAGACCUCCUCGAGACCCCAGGGAGAAGAAAGAGGACGACAAGCUGAAGCCUCGCUCGCCCCUCGACCUGCCGCCCAACAGGCCGAUGGAGCCGCCCUCAAAGAAGGAGAUUGUUCCAUUAAUGCGGCGACCAGAUGAGUGGAAGGACCCGUGGCGUCGGUCCAAAUCCCCCAGGAGGCGCCCCGGGCUGGGCUCCCCCCCACGAGGCCGGCGGCGACACCGGCCCUCCGGCUCCUCCGUCUCUCUGUCCAACUCCUCCAGGUCCUCGUCUCGCUCCUCGUCCUACACCGGCUCCGGGUCGUCUCGCUCCCGCAGCCGCUCCUCCUCCUUCAGCUCCUACUCCAGCCACUCCUCGCAGCGCAGCUCCUUCAGUGGCAGCCGCUCCAGGUCUCGAUCAUUCUCAACGUCUCCUUCACCGAGUCGGACAGCGCUGAGGAAUGCUAAGAAUAAACCAGAGCCCCCCCCUAUGUUAACUAAAGGAAGCAUGCCCCCGAAGCCGGGCGCCAUGCCCCCCCCUCGCAGGGAAAAGCCUCCCAUGAAGAAGGCUCCCAGUCCUCCCCCGCCUGGUGGGAUGCAGGGCCGGCCUUCCAGACCCAUGCAGGAGGGAGGCAAGGCCCCCCCCAAUCCCCGGGAGCCGGGUGGACCAGGUGGCGGCGGUGCAGGUGGCAGUGGGGCAGGUCGCGGAGGGACUGGCGGCAGUGGAGCAGGUCGCGGGGGAACGGGCGGCGGCGGGGGAGCGGGUCGUGGCGGUGCAGGCGGCAGAGGAGCCGGUCGCGGUGGACCAGGCGGACCAGGCGGCAGUGGAGCAGGUCGGCCCCUACCGCCACGGGAACCCGGAAAACCCCCCAACCCCAGGGAAGGAAGACGGAAGGUGAAGCAGCAGCGUCCUCCCCGGAGGCAAACUGCGAGUGGGAGUGUCAGUGGAAGUGGUAGCAGUUAUACUGGUUCUAGCUCCCGAUCCAGAUCCUCAUCAAACUCGCUCUCUAAAUCCGGAUCCAGAAAAUCCAGGAAAUCCAGAUCGCUGAGCGUGAGCAGCGUGUCCUCGGUGUCCUCGGCGUCCUCCAGCAGCAGCUCCGUGCGCAGUGCGGACUCGGACGACAUGUACGCCGACCUGGCGAGUCCGGUGUCGUCUGCCAGCUCCCACUCGCCUGCACCCAACCAGCCCCGCAAGGAGCGCCCCCCCGUCAGGGACCGGCCUCCACACGGGAGAGACAAGACCAGAGAGAGACCGUCAAAGAAAGACGAACCCUUCAGGGAUGAGCGCAGGAAGCCGGACCCGUCUGGAGCCCCGCCCAGGGGGGGGAACCCUGUGCCCAAAGCAGGACCUGGUAGCAGGGGGGGGCACCCAGCACAUCCCCCUCCGGGCCACAUGGGCCCCCCUGGCAGCUAUGGAGGUUCAGGUUCCCACAAAGACAUCAAACUCACUCUCCUCAACAAGCAGCAGGGUGAUAAGGGCAGCAGGAAGAGGUACCUGCCCGCGGACAAGGACAGGCCGGGUUCCCCCCUCAGCAAGAGAAUGGCCAUGUCUCCAGACCGAGGUCGUGAUAAAAGGAUGCCGGGUCGACCCCCGCUCUCCCCUCGAAUGGAUCGACCCAGAGGCCAAGGCCCCCGACCCUUGCCCCCCCACGGAGACAGGAAACGUCCUCUGUCCCCAGCCCCGAAGUCGUCUGGCAAAGCCCCCCCGGCGCCGUCAGGCAAACCCGCUGCCCCGGGAUCUGCCGCGGCCUCCGGCUCGGCGUCGGGCUCCAACAAACCCAGCAACACGCUGUCCCGCCGCGAGGAGCUGCUGAAGCAGCUGAAGGCCGUGGAGGACGCCAUCGCCCGGAAGCGAGCGAAGAUCCCCGCCAAAUAGAAGGACGCCCUCGGCUGUCUGCCGGCCUGAGCUCCUGCGCUGAGGCAACAGUGAGGAUCACGGGGUGGAGCGUUCCCCCCCCAGCCCCCCCUCCACUAUUAGUGGAUUUGUAAAAAUGUUGUUUGGUUCAUGCUGCCACAAGAAACAUCUCCUGCCCGUUGGCCUUCAGAGGUUCGACUCGGCUUCAUUGGAGAGCCGCUCGCUCCCACACAUCGGACGUUUGCUCCCGUCAGUCUCUGAACGUCCGACUGCGGUUUCUCCUCAUCGGCGAGAAGCGGGGGGGAACCCGUGGGUGUGGGGGGGGAGGGGCGUCUCCGUGAUGAAGCGUGUAGAGGUCAAACAGAAGGUCCUGAGGUUUCUCUGAUCCUCCAGUGGAAAGGGAGCCUCUUCCUGAUGUGCUGUGAUGAAGCAGAUUUAUACAUAUUGAUUCUACUUCUCGUCUUUUAUUGUCUCGUCCUCUCACAUCCUUUCUUUCCUCCGUGGAGCCGUGGGACCGGCGGCUUCACCGCGCUUCUUUGUACAAAACCCUGAGCAUCUGUAUUCAGCCCCCCCGAGCUGCGAUCACGGCGGCUUCUUCCUCAUCCAGUGACUCGUCUGCCGUCACACCUUGUACAAUAAUAGCAAGUCAUCAGAUUCUUUUAAGCGUUUGAUUAUAGACGAUAGUGAUGUGAAAUAUUGCUUCUUCUUUUUUUAAUCUGCAGCAUUUUGUUUUCUUCUUGGCUCUCGAGUCAUAAAACCGAAGUUUUAUUUGUCAUGUUUUUAGUUGGAGGAGUGUGAGCGGUGGAGCGGGACAUUUAGAGACAACGAUAUGUCUUGCUUUUGUGACAACAGCCUUCGAAAUAAAACUAUUUUGAUAAAGAG